CUUUUCUUUCUUUUUUCUUUUCUCUUUUUCAUUGCGCGAAAUGGCAUCGAGUGAGAUUAGAUCUAGGUCUAAUCCCUAUGACAAGUGGAUAGCGCUUGUAUUGUUUAUAUUGGCUAUUCCUGUUCGAUUCAAGAAUAUAUCUUUUCCUUCUCAAGUUGUGUUUGAUGAAGUCCAUUUUGGUAAAUAUGCUGCAUAUUAUAUCAAACAAAGUUAUUUCUUUGAUGUUCAUCCACCCUUGGCAAAGUUACUGAUCACAUUUAUUGCUUGGAUAUGUGGGUUUAAUGGAUCCUUUGAAUUUGAAGAAAUUGGAAUGGAAUAUCCGAAUACUGUGCCAUUUGUACAGAUGCGUGCUUUUGGUGCCUUAUUUGGAGCAUUGGUUAUACCUCUUGCUUAUUUAACUAUCAGGGGAUGCGGGCAUUCUAACAUGGCUUCUAUUGUUGCUGCCAUCGCCAUCUGUUUUGAGAACGGAUUGGUUGCCAACAAUAGACUGAUUUUACUGGAUUCUUAUCUCUUAUUUUUCACAGCUUUCACUAUUUUUGCAUAUACUAAAUUCUAUCAAUCAAGAGCAUUUAAAAGGGAAUGGUGGCAAUGGUUGCUACUGACAGGUGUAGGCAUAGGCUGCAGCUUUACUAGUAAAUGGGUUGGUUUAUUUACUAUGGCAACUGUUGGCUUAUCAACCAUCAAACAACUUUGGUAUAUCUGGGGUAAUCUUCAAGUGACAAAGUCUCAAUUUACAGCACAUUUUAUAUUUCGAUUUAUUGGCUUAUUUAUUCUUCCAAUCAUCCUGUAUAUUUCCUGUUUCUACAUUCACUUUGCUGUCUUGACACAGCCUGGUCCCGGUGACACGUUUAUGACAGUUGAAUUCCAAAACGAAUUGAAAGGAAUUGAUCCUGUAGAAGAGCCCGCCCCCAUUGUAUAUGGAUCAUUAAUCACAAUACGUCAUUUGGAAAGUGUCAAUGGAUACCUUCACUCACAUAAAUCGUAUUACCCCGAAGGGUCACAACAGCAACAGAUCACGCUUUAUCCUUUCAGAGACGACAAUAAUUGGUGGAGGAUAUUAAAGGCUAAUGAGACGGAGCAAGAAUUAAUCCCAGAUGUCUUGGCAAAUGAUAACAAGACAUGGCUCCAAUACGUCCGUCAUGGCGAUCUUGUUCGUCUUGAACAUGUAGAAACAGCUCCACGCAAACUACAUAGUCAUGAUGUUGCCGCGCCCAUCACGGAUACAACAUAUCAUAAAGAAGUCAGUGGCUAUGGAUUUCCUGAUUUCGAAGGCGAUUCUAAUGACUUUUGGAAAGUCGAAAUUGAAGAUGGUGAUAAACUUGAAGCUAGAAAGGUCUCUUUUCGCCUAUAUCACCCGAACCAAAGUUGCCGGCUUUAUUCUAAUAUGGAAAGACUUCCCGAUUGGGGGUUUCAGCAAUUGGAAGUGUCUUGUAUUGUGGAAGGAACAAAACCAAAGACACUAUGGAAGGUUGAUCAACAUGAAAAUGAUCUAUUGCCUGACAGUGUGCCUAGUGUCCUUGAGCCUCGUCCAGGCUUUUUUGAAAAAUUUAUUUACCUGCAAAAGAAAAUGUGGACUGUGAAUAAGGAUCUGACUGACACUCAUCCCUAUGAAUCACGACCCUCGGCAUGGCCCGUUUUGUUAUCGGGUAUUGCAUUCUGGUCAAAGGAUACACGACAGAUCAUCCUUUUAGGUAACCCACUGGUCUAUUGGGUAUCAACCGUGAGUGUUUUCAAUUUCUUGAUCCUCGCUACCUUCUUCCAACUGCGUGAUAAACGUGGUUACCAUGAUCAUUUUGGUGGUCAAAGACAGUUUUAUGAAAACUCUGCUGGCUUCUUUGUUGCUGCAUGGGCUAUACAUUACCUCCCCUUUUACUUUAUGAAACGACAGCUGUUCCUGCACCACUACAUGCCUUCGCUUUAUUUUGCUGUUCUUACCAUGGGCGUCGGCAUUGACCUUAUCACUCGCAAGGUGGCUGUCAAAGCGAAGCCUCUGGUUUUGAUCGUCAUUACCGCUGCGAUUAUUUACACGUUUUUGAUCUACGCACCUAUUACCUAUGGCGAAACCUGGUCGUUAGGCGAGUGCCAACGCGCAGAAUCUUUAGGCAAGUGGCAGCUCGACUGUGGAAGAUAUGCUGUAAAGAUGCACCCUGUAAGCGUCAAACAAGAAGAGGCAGAGGUGGAGGAAGAAGAGUGGGUAGCGACACCCACAGAACCCUUAUUCGAAUCUCAAUAUGAAGAUAUGAAAUAUGAAGAAGAUGACCCUACAGCGACACUAGAUGAUGAUGAAGAGGACUUGGAUGAUGAGCCUACGGAGCUACCCGAGGUAUACGAACCAGAACCACAAUUUGUGAAUGGCACAGAACUCGUCGCAGGUGAUGACGACGAUGAUGAAGACGAGUGGCCAAGGACCGUUUACGGGACUGACCCUGAUGCAGAAGAAGAGGAUGCGCCGGUAGAAAUCAAAGACAUACCUCUUACUAGGCACAUGGAGUUGUAAAUAAAGUGAUUUGAUUGGAUAUAAUUAACAAAUACGGAGAGAAAUCCGACUGGAUAUAAUUUUGGUUACUUAAAAACAUACACUCUUUCCAGAAAGUAAAUCCGCCC